AUGGACGUCGAAGCCUGUUUAGAAACACAACAACAACUAAUAGAUGCUAUGAAACAACUAUUGGUCAACUUCAAAAAAGACGGCGCUGAUCGAAAGACUUCUGAAAACAUAAAGAGACGCAUUGAUACGUUAGAUCGUUAUUGGUGUGAAUUUCAAAACAACCACAGUAAACUGUGCCAGACCUUAGAUAGUAACCAUGACUAUUUAGCUGGCAACUAUUACGAAGACACUCAAAAAUUUUAUCAAGAAACAAGAGACUAUUUCCAAAAAUACAUCUUAAUCAAACCAGCAACUCCGAUGACAAUUCAAAAACCAAGAGAGCAACCCGAGGCGAAGGCUGGACCGUCAACACCAGCAUCUGGAGCCAACAAGUUUGGGAGUACUAAACUACAAGAACAACAAUUAUCGCAAGGCACUAACAGCAAGCUGGAUGAGAUGAUGAAAAAGCAAUUUAGCAACUUCAAGGCGUUAUCUCGCACUAUAUCUCAAAUAAACAUAGACAAGAUCAACGACAAGUGGGAAUUUGAAGAUAUAUUGAAAACCUUACAAAACCGAUGGCAAACAAUAGAUAAACUUCAUUGGGAAAUAGAUUCUGAGCUAGAUGGAUCGGACUUACGUUAUGAAAACGUAUUCACAGAACAAGAAGAGUCAUACAACGCUAUCAAGAGAUCUAUCAACAGCAAGUUAUGGUCCGUAUCUCAUCGAGACAAAAUCACGCCACAGCUGGAUAUUCCUAUUUACACUGGAAAUUAUCAACAAUGGGUAUCAUUCAAGGAUCUGUUCUGUGAAGCUGUCCACAACAACCCAUCCCUGUCAAACGCCCAAAAAAUGCAGUUUCUCAAGAGUAAACUCAGAGGUGAACCUGAACGCCUGAUACAACACCUGCAAAUCAGCUCUGAAAAUUACACAACAUGCUGGGAAAUAAUUAGUCAUCGUUACAACAACAAGAAGCUAAUAUUUACUUCAUACAUGAAUACUAUUAUGAAUAUUCCCAACAUAAUACAACCAACUUCAAGCCACAUCAAACGCAUUCAUGAUGUAACAAUGGAGUGUCUGAAUGCUAUAAGUAACAUGGGAGUUGACAUAAGCACAUGGGACCCCAUAUUUGUUCACAUCUUAUCUCAGAAAUUAGACGCUGAAACACAUAAGGAGUAUAUGAGCUCCUUAAAACAGCCGAGAGAACUGCCAAUAAUUGCCGAAUUCCUGGAAUUUUUAGAACACAAGUUUACCACAAUGGAGUCAGCGCGUCGUAAACAAGAAGGCAUGACCCAAAAAACAAGCUCAACAAACGGCCCAACUCAGGGUAGACACUAUCAAGAGAAACCUAAUUAUAACAAACAAUAUUACUCUACAAACAAGACUGUUACGCAAUCAAAUAAUUUUUCAUCAAACACCAAAUUGAAAUGUCCAUCAUGUGAGAGUACCGACCAUGGGAUCUACUACUGCAAGACAUUUCAAGAGAUGAACCCGCAACAAAGAAAACAAGUAGUUUCUAGAAAUAAUCUUUGCAUAAAUUGUCUUAAACGUCAUCAUGGAAUUUGUGCAUUAAAUAAGCGAUGCAGAGAAUGCAACGAGUGUCACAAUACAUUAUUACAUGACGCAUAUUCAAAGUUCAAUCACCCGAAGCCGAACGUGACAAUGAAGUCCGCCGCAACUGAAUCAAGUCAGCGAAAAUCAAGUUCGCACGUGUCUGGUCAACGUGAAGCGCCGGAAAUACUUCUUGCCACAGCUGUAAUCAAGGUUGAAGGAAUUGAUGGAAUAUUUAAAAACAUGAGAGCCCUAAUCGAUCCCGGUUCCCAAAUUUCCAUCAUCACUGAAAAUGCGGCACAGCAGUUAGGACUGCCGCGCCAACAAUGCAGUGGAAUUAUAACUGGAGUCGGCACGAAAGACACUACGUGUAAAGGGAAAUUAAAUAUACAUUGUUCAUCUACAACAGAAAACUACAAGUUCAGAACAGAAGUCUUCAUCAUGAAAAAAUUAACAAGAGACUUGCCGAAUUGUACAUUUACUAAACCAGAGUUAAGUUAUUUGGACAAUCUACAACUAACCGAUCCCGAAUUUCACAUCAGUCGCUCUAUCGAUAUCCUGUUGGGAGCUGAUGUAUACUCACACAUUUUACUGGAAGGAAUACGAAAAGUAGACAAUGAUAGACCGGUGGCACAACAAACCUUACUCGGUUGGAUAUUAUAUGGCAAGAUACAAACAUUACAAUGCAAUAUCGUAUUAAAUAAAAUAGAAGACAUACAAAGAUUCUGGCAAAUAGAAGAUUUACCAGACCAUCAGCCAAACCUAUCUUCAGAAGAUCAAGAAUGCAUGGACAUAUAUACGACUACAACAACAAGAUUGAAAGAUGGAAGAUAUCAAGUUCGACUACCCUUCAAAAACAACAUCAACGAGAUGGGAGAUUCAAAACGAAAAGCAACAGCGCAGUUCCUACAACUAGAAAAGAAAUUUUAUAAUAAUACUCAAAUCGCCAGCAAAUACAAGUCAUUCAUGGACGAAUACCAAGAACUAGGUCACAUGAAACUUGCAUCGGACAAAUCAACACAAGAGUAUUUUUUACCACACCAUUGCAUUAUUCGUGACUCAACAACUACGUCACUUCGUGUGGUAUUUAAUGCAUCUCAAGCUACUACAAAUGGAAAAAGCCUAAAUGAUUACAUGCAUAAAGGCCCUAAUCUUCAAAACGACCUAUUUGAACUCAUCUUAAAGUGGCGACAAUACCCGAUUGCUCUUACUGCCGACAUUGAGAAAAUGUUUCGACAGAUUAUGGUUCACCCUGAAGACCUCAAAUACCAAAAAAUUCUCUGGCGAGACUCUCCACGUGACGUACUGCGCGAAUACGAGCUGUGUACAGUGACGUGCGGCACCAAGGCCGCGCCGUUCCUCGCGAUGAUGACGUUACGACAGUUGGCUGCGGACGAACGGGACACACACCAAGAAGCGGCUCAUGUAAUAGAAACAAGCUUUUACAUGGACGACUUAAUUCACGGGUCCCAUUCAAUAGAAUCAGCGUUACAAUUAAAACAAGAUUUGAAACAACUUCUUCUACGAGGAGGCUUCAACUUAAGAAAAUGGACCUCAAAUUGCAAAGAAUUACUACAAGACGAUCAAGUACUAGAACAACAAGAAAACUACGAUUUCAAACAAGCAACAUCAACAUCUACCAAAGCACUGGGACUGCGUUGGAACCCUGAACAAGAUGUAUUUAUUUUUCACACAACAAUCGAGAACAUUGAAGAUAAUACAAGCAAUAGCAAAAGAAAACUUUUAUCAGACAUAUCCAAAUUAUUCGAUCCACUAGGCUGGCUGACCCCAAUAUCCACGAAAUUGAAAUUGUUAUUCCAGAAAAUAUGGGAAACUAACAUCGGAUGGGAUGACAAAAUUCCAGAAGAAAUUAAUUCAGAGUGGAUUAAAAUAAAACAAGAUUUAAAAAACAUAAAUGAAAUAACGAUACCUAGAUGGCUCGGUACUACCACUGACCUAGAUAUCGAGUUACAUGGAUUCAGUGACGCAUCGCAGAAAGCGUAUGCAUGCGUCAUAUAUUACAAGAAACGAAAUAACCAAAAGUCUACAAUCAAUUUAGUUGUGAGUAAAUCAAAACUAGUACCUCGCAACAAAGAUAAUAUCUCGCUACCCAAAUUGGAGUUAUGUGGAGCACUAUUACUAGCAAGAUUAAUGCAGAAAGUUAUACAAUGCCUGUCUAACUACAAUAUCAAAAUCUAUGGAUACGUCGACUCGACAGCAGUGCUUGGAUGGCUGCAAGGAAAUCCCGACCGCUGGAAAACAUUUGUGUCGAACAGAGUAAACAAAAUAACAGAAGUAAUGCCCUCCAACUGCUGGAAAUACGUAAAAUCCGCUGAUAACCCUGCUGACUGUGCUAGCCGUGGCUUCACACANGAUACACAAGAAAUUACAAGAUAUGAAACAAAUCAAGAAGCUAAAGAAAUAAAGCAAGUUAAUGUCACAGUACAAAAGGACAACAGCAUCAUCAAAAAUAUUCUAAACAAAUACAGCAAUCUAUCUCGAGCGAUUCGCGUGCUGGCAUGGAUACGCCGCUUCAUAAUAAGAGAAAAUAACAUACCUAAAAGAGAAUCAUAUUUGACGCUGACUGAAUUAAAGGAAGCAAAAACGAUGUUUAUCAAGGAGAUACAGGCUGAAGACUUUAAUGAAGAAAUCAAGAAUUUAACUUCAAAUAAGAAAAUAUCAAGCAAAAGCAAAAUCAUCCAUCUGAACCCGUUUUUGGAUAAACAAGGAAUCUUAAGAGUUGGUGGAAGACUGCAACACGCCAACAUUAGUGAAGAAAUGAAAAAUCCUAUCAUACUACCUUACGGAGGCCAGCUAACUGAGUUGAUAAUUGAAGAAGCCCAUAAGCUAACCUUUCACGGUGGACCUCGGGUCACCUUGGCUCUUCUUCGACAAAAAUACUGGCUGAUCAGUGGAAACAGAGCUGUCAAGAAAAUAACACGAAGAUGCACUGUAUGUAACAAACACAAUCCAAGAAAACAAGAGCAGAUAAUGGGCGACCUACCUCAAUCAAGAGUCAACCAAUCGCGCCCAUUCCAACAUACAGGAGUAGAUUUUACGGGUCAUUUCUUCAUAAAAGCCAACAAGGGCAGAGGAAUUAAAACAACCAAGGCGUAUGUGGCAGUGUUUGUGUGCAUGGCAACCAAGGCCGUGCACCUGGAGUUAGUGUCAGAUUUGACCACCUCCGCAUUCAUUGCUGCGCUUCGAAGGAUGGCAGCGCGAAGAGGCAAGCCCAGUCACAUGUAUAGUGACAACGGGUGA